AUGCCCGGGACGAAGGUCAGCUCCGCCGAGGGGGCGGCGAAGGAGGAGCCCAAGAGGAGAACGGCGAGGUGGUCAGCUAAACCGGCUCCUGCAAAAGUGGAAACGAAGCCAAAAGAGGCGACGAGAAAGGACAAAUCUUUAGACAAAAAAGUGCAAACAAAAGGGAAAAGAGUAGUAAAGGGAAAACAGGCGGAAGUGGCCAACCAAGAGACUAAAGAAGACUUGCCUGCAGAAAAUGGAGAGACUGAAAACGAGGAGAGCCCAGCCUCUGAUGCAGCAGAAGAGAAAGAAGCCAAGUCUGAUUAA